GAUUUCGCAGCUAAUGUACUCGUGAUUCGGCGGAUUGUCGAUUCCCUCUAAUCUUUUCUACAACUCAACAAUAUCCUGUGAUCUUCAUCAGAAACUACCAGCUCACUUCUUCUAUCUGUUUUGUCGUUUCACUUCACAACAUCCACGGCAAAUGUUCAAACUCUCAGAAGAUUAGUAAUGAUACUCUCAGAAGACCUCGAAAAGAGCAGUAGCUCCUCACUAUACACCUCCCGUCGCAGUUCUACCAUCUAUUUUCUCCUUCCCUACAUAUGGUGGCAACUCGAUGACUUCUUCAUUGGACAGGCCCGCACCGCCGGCCUCUCAACACACUUCAAAUUAGCGCAAAUCGAUUCUGAAGAAUUAUAUACGGAUACCAAAUUCGUGCUUUUUGCAUUCGCUUGGUUACUAUUACUAUGGCAGAUAUCAAAUAUCAAUAUCCACAAGAUGACUCUCAUAAUCACGAGUCUUCAAACUCUGCUAGUGUUAGCACAGAUCGGGGCUUCCUCUACGGAAGUCUUACUCAUUAUACGCUCAAUGCUAGGGAUCGGUGGCGCGAUCUUUCCUGGAUCAUUGUUGCUGUCAAUUUCACGAUUUCCCAGAAGCAAAUUGGCUACUACUGUUGCAAUUUUUGUUGCCGUAUCCCCUGCUGAGAUUGUAGUGGCUGGACCACUUCUUUCAGCUUUGGUCAAUUUCAUGAAAAAUACGUCUAUUCUGGGUUGGCAAGCUAUCUUCGCUAUUGAUGGUAUACUCGGUAUCAUCGUCGUCGCUAUAUUAUGGGUAAAAAUCCCUGUUUCCAUUGAGAAUAGCAUCUCUACAAAAUUCAUGAACUCUCUUGACUCGACCAGCUGGAAGUCAAAAUUCAAAGACUUUUUUGAGCCAAAAAACGUUAUGUUCGUUAUGAUGUUCAUUUGCGUCAACUUGGCAAUUGCACCAGCACCUUGUUACCUCGCUGUACACCAUCGAAUAUCUUUUGUCUCCAUGCCUUACUUUUUCUUCACCGUGAUUUCAGACUUGGCCCCAUCAUCACACUUAAUCUUUAAUCUCCUAACCAUAACUCCAUAUCUUGUUUCCAUCAUUACAAUCUCCAUUUUAGCGAGGAAGUCCGAUAAAAAGCAAGUUCGAGGUUCUUUCGUUUUUGUUUGUGGGCUUCUCUCUGCAACAGGCUUUGCCAUCAUGUCCUUAGUUGCCAUUCUUGACUGGAAUAUCUGGUGGUCUUUCUUUGCCAUUUUCCCCGCUUGCGUAGGAUCCUACGGCGCGAUGAUGAUAAUUCUUUCCUGGGCAUUAGGAAGUGAACAAUCGGCGUUUGGGCGAGGAAUCCUCAUGACGACACUUGUGGGGGCGGCACAAUUGUCAGUUAUAUUCUCUCCCGCCGGAGUAAAGCCCUGGUGGAGAGCCGAGGACGAGCCUGCACACCCGAGAGGCUUAGGGGCUAGCGCAGCAUUGAUGGGCUUGUGUGCUAUAUUAGCGCUAGUGUUGAGAUCAUACUUGGUCUGGAGGAACUCCAACAAGGAGAGUCACUUUUAUGCGCCAGUCAAGAUUGGAGACGCAAUUGAUGAUGUAGUGGAAGAGGAAAUGGUUGAUAGACAUAUUGUAUAGAGAUGCGUACGCCGGCAUUCAGUAGCUUGCAGAUAGCCGAUAUCAUUGUCUCUAUGUCCAAAGUGUACGCACUGGAAUGGUUGAUCGUCGAUCAUGAUUCUUGACGAUAGAGUUACUACUUCGAUGAUGAAGGGGUGGAGCCAUCAAAUGAUAUCUAUUGAUUGCAUGAACAAUAAGAUAUAAAAAGUGUGUCUACGUACUUAGAAAUACGUUCCGUUUCGUUGCACUCUCCA